AUGGACGCCACGCAAACGGCGGCUGCAGCAGCGACGGAAGGCCGCGCUGAUCCUCUCUCAUGGCCAGAUUCAGGCUCUCCCACAUGGCCAUCCAUCCGCUCGAAUAUCACCCGUCCUGAUACUUUUCACGGCCAGCAGUCACUGACCCUGGGGCAGCAUUUACCGGCCUUAUCACUGCCGCUGAAGCGCCACAUCUACGAAACCGACGUGUUCGCAGGAAACAUGGCUCCCCCAAAGCGGAGAAGAAUGGAGGAUCAUCCCAGCGGGUCUGCUACAGAUUAUGCGCCGACAGUUGCCGGAGCAGUCCCCCAGUCAGUGGCAUGGCGUCCAGCACAGACGCCGCCAUCCGCCAUGCACGAAAUCCAGGCCCCAAGCCUUACCAGCCCGUCGGCCGCACCAUGGUAUGCGAUGGCGCCCUCUGGCACAUCAAGAAGGAACAUGUCCCCUCCAGGCGUGCCCAACAGUAUAUAUUCAAGUCAACUCACGCCACAGCACCCAAUGGCUGCGGCCAGUCCGGCAGAACUCACAUUGUAUCCACAUCCCCCAACCCCGUCCAGUCAUGCGCUAGAAGCAGUACCGGUCGGAUCCGUCGAUGGUCCUGUGUGGGUGACAACGCCAAACCAGGCCUUCGAGUCAUCCGAGUGCACUUAUAAUACGACCGCCCCGUUUGGCGUUGCAGAGCCCUGGGAUGUCGUCAGUCCCGCUGAUGCCGACACACCGGCUGCGAACGAAACCAUGGCGGCACUCGAUCCAUGCGAGGGGGCCACCGGAGCCUUGACAGUUCCGCUCAUGGAGCAUCAGAAACAGGGCGUGCGCUGGAUGACAGCGAUGGAGAAAAGCCAUCACCGCGGGGGGAUCCUGGCCGACGACAUGGGACUGGGCAAGACCGUCCAGGCCCUGGCUCUCAUCGCCGCUCAUCCCGCACAGCACAUCAACCGGCACGCAACCCUGGUCGUCACACCGGCAAGCCUGAUCCAGCAGUGGAAGCACGAGAUCGAGCAGUUCCUGCGGUCAAGUCCCCAUCGUCAGCGAGUGUACGUGUACUAUGGGGAUCGCCGAGGGAAAGCCAUCCCGGUCCUGAAUGGAUACGACAUCGUCCUCACCACGUUCGGAACCAUCACCGCGGAGCUACGGCGGACGGGGCCUCGACAACACGCGCGCAAUCUCGCGGGACCGCACCGCAGCUCGCCACUCUUCGGGCCCGCCAGCGGAUGGCAUCGAGUGAUUCUGGACGAGGCGCAGUGCAUCAAAAACGACCAAUCCCAGACCGCGGCCGCCUGUUGCGCCCUCGAUGCGACUUACCGAUGGUGUCUGAGCGGCACCCCGGUCAUGAACAACCUGCGCGAGCUCUAUUCGCUGCUGAAGUUCCUGCGAGUCCAACCAUAUGCCAGCCGCCAAAGUUUUGCCACGGCCUUUCAACAGCCGUUGCAGACUCGCGGGAGUCCCCAGCGAGCGGCGGCCACCGCCCGGCUCCGAAGAUUGAUGGAUACGAUCAUGCUGCGGCGGACCAAGACGUCCACCAUCCAGGGUCAGCCCAUCCUGCAACUGCCCGUCCAAACCACGGAGAUCGUGUACGUGACCUUCACCGAGCCGGAGCGCGAGCUAUAUACCGCCCUGGAAUGCCACACGCGGCUGCAGUUUAACCACUAUUUGAGCGGCGGCAACCCUAGUCGCAACGUGUCCCAUAUGCUGGGUCUGCUGCAGCGCUUGCGGCAAGCCUGCUGCCAUCCCUUCCUGGUCUCCGAUUUCAUCCCGGACACCCUGGAUGCGUCGGGGAAUGACGGACACCGGGCGGCAAACGCCAUGCGAUUCUCUCCGGCGGUGGUCCAACGGCUGUGGGACAAUGAAAGAGAGAACGGACGCGAGUUUGAAUGUCCGAUCUGCUACGACUCCGUCGACAACCACGUCAUUUUCUUUCCUUGCGGUCAUAGUGUCUGCGUGAAAUGCUUUGCCCGGAUCUUCCCCCAAGUUCCGACGGCCCGCCCCAGGGUCGAAGGAAACCCGCCAAUGUGUUGUCCAAGCUGCCGGGUGGUCAUUGACCCAAGCAAGGCGACCGACCACACGGCAUUUGCCAAACAGCACUACCCCACGCCGCCGGGCGAUGUCGGCACGGAGACCCUGUCCACGGUUCUUGAGAACCUCCGGGGCCGGGUCGAGGAUGACCGCGACGACGGCCAGGACCUCAUGCUCGGAAUGCCGGCAGGAGCCGAGCACGCCUAUCCUCCCGUGCAGUUCCAUAUGAACCCGACGCCGACCAUCCAUGCGCCCAAGCGAAGCUUCGCGCGGCUGAGACAGCGAGCGCUAACCAGCCCCGCGGCAAAGCAGAAGUAUCACCAAAUUUUGGCGGAGACCUGGAUCAGUAGCUCCAAGAUCGAUAGGGCGUUGGAGAUCGUACGCGACAUCGUAGCCCGCGGGGAACCCGGUGGGGAGCGCGAGAAGGUCGUCAUCUUCAGCCAGUUCACUUCCAUGCUCGAUCUGAUCGAGGUCCCCCUCGCCCGACAUGGCUGGGCGUUCCGGCGCUACGACGGCACCAUGAAGCCGGCCGACCGGCACGCGGCGACCGUCCACUUCGCGACCGACCCCGACUGUCUGAUUCUCCUGGUCUCCAUGAAGGCCGGCAACUCAGGGCUGAACCUCACGGCCGCCUCGCAAGUGAUCAUCCUGGACCCGUUCUGGAACCCGUACGUCGAGGACCAAGCGGUGGGGCGCGUCCAUCGCAUCGGACAGCGACGGCCGGUGCACGUUCACCGCAUCCUGGUUUCAAACACGGUGGAGGAUCGGAUCCUCGACUUCCAGGAUAGAAAGCGCCAACUCAUUGAGGGCAUCGUCGACCACAGAACCCACGGGGAGCCUAGCCGGCUGGAGAGCACUGAUUUCGCGUAUCUCUUUGGUUUGCCAUGA